AUGGAUUUUAAGUACCAUAACAAAGAUGUUGUGCUCGAGAUCAAGGGAUCGGACGCGCUCUUUCACAACACCUCCAUUUUGGACGUUUUGAAGUCUCUGAAGGAAUUGUCCGAGCCAGCCAGAGAUGCAAAUUCUGGCCGUGUCCCCAAGAGACGGAGGGAAGAAGAAGAGCCUAAGACACCCGGAAAAAAAGGACGGAAAUCGAACUCAUUCGAGGAGCUGGAGGCCACUGGCUCCAGCCAAACAACUCUCCAUCCUCACUCACCCUUCGAAGAGCUGGAGGCCAGUGGCUCCAGCCAAACAACUCUCCAUCCUCACUCACCCUUCGAGGAGCUGGAGGCCAGUGGCUCCAGCCAAACAACUCUCCAUCCUCACUCACCCUUCGAGGAGCUGGAGGCCAGUGGCUCCAGCCAAACAACUCUCCAUCCUCACUCACCCUUCGAGGAGCUGGAGGCCAGUGGCUCCAGCCAAACAACUCUCCAUCCUCACUCACCCUUCGAGGAGCUGGAGGCCAGUGGCUCCAGCCAAACAACUCUCCAUGGCUCACCCGAGACAGAGACCCUCGCCCACUCGUCGCCGUUGCAGCCUCUGAGCCACAUACGAAACACCGAGGACCUAAAGGCAGGCGAGGUCUCAUGGUUCCCACAAGCCAAGACAUGGGGACUAAACGUGGAUGAGAUCCGCAAGGUCUACCGGGACAGGCUAGAGAGGGUUCAUGACUGCUUCGAGUGCGGCGUCAUCCUCCACAGCCACAAAGCCCUAGCCGAGCAUGAGAAGUUGGACGACCACGUCCAGGAAAAGAAGCGAAUCGAAAAGGUUUUUAAUUCCAAGGUAAAAUCUAUGUGUCCAAUCUGUGGAGCUAAAGCUGGAAACAAAACAAAGCUGAGGAACCACGUGAUCAGGCACUUCCGGUGGACCUUUGAUUGCAAACAGUGUCCCAAGUUGUUUUGCUCAAUCAGGAGGUACAGGGACCAUCGACAUCCUCCAAUUUCAAAGGAAAAAAAAUAUGCCUGCGAGUGUGGCUGCACUUUCGUCGAGAAGCGCAAUUUAAGACUGCACAAGUCCAGCUUUAUUCAUAGAAAAAGAAUGCCUUUAUAAACCCCCAAGACGCAAAGCCGAUCGCGGAGCCGGAGACCGCUGGCGACUUAAUGAGUCUCAUAAUGGACCAUCGAUGCAUCGAUGUUUUUGAAAUUUUCUAAAUCAUCGAUGUUUUUUUCCAACCAUCGAUGUUUCUGUGCCGUCACUAUUAAGAAAAAAGGCAAAGGAAAGCCUAAGACACCCGGAAAAAAAGGACGGAAA